AUGAGCGGAAAGAUUGUUUUGCCUGACCAUUCAGGCGUCGACCACUUUGACCAGAAUGCCCGUCGUCAGUAUAUGAAGACGGUGUUUCGACAGCUGGGUCUUUGGGAUGAUUUCAACGACAGGCCCAAGUCGACGAACAUCCGUGCUUUGUGCGAAGACCUUGUGAGUCAGCGGGGUGAAACCAACGGGUAUCACAAUCUGAGUGAGCCCUCUUUCGAAUACCUCACUGACCGCACGGUGUGGCGCAAUGUCUUGAGAAGUGGUGGUAUCGCAUACGAAAGGGCUCCAUGGCCUUGGAGUGUGACCGAUACGCCCUCGCAUGAUGACUUGACGCUUGGCAUCUCUAAAACUUACAAGAGAUGGCGACUCAGUCAUGGAAAGUCGAUUGAGGAGCCUCCUGGUGGUGGCAAGCGUGCCCAUCAGUUCAAAAAGCCCCAGGAGGCAUCCCAAUCGCCUGCGGGCCAAAAGUUGACAAUGUCAUCUGCUGGCCCAGCAGUUGAAGCAAAGGUGCAGACCACAGAGGCUGCACCAGCUACCAUGGUAGCUGCCGGUGCUCCUGUGAAAUCGCAGGGAGCUAAGGCUUCUACCAAACCACCUGCGGGCCAGAAAACCACAAAGUCGUCUGCUGGCCCUGCAGGUUCAGCAAAGGUGCAGACUGCGAAGCCUGCACCAGCUACCUCGGUAGUUGCCGGUGCUCCUGUGAAAUCACAGGGAGCUAAGGCUUCUACUAAGCCACCUACGGCUGCUGCCGCGGCUCAGGUUGACAAGGUCAGUCAAGCAUUCAAUGCCUUGGCCUUGGAAGCUAGAGCUCAAGAGGCAGCCAAGGUAGAGGCCUUGAAGAAGAAGGCUGCCGCUGAGCAAGAACUUUUGCGUAACCGCAAGGUUCGAUGCACAGUGGCAGAGGCCAUCUUCAAAAAAGAGCUUCUCAAGAUCGAGGCCAAGGAACUCAGGGCCUAUCAUAAUGGCGCAAGCCUAGGUAAUGUGUUGCCUGUGCAGUCCUCGAUCGCUGAGGUUGAGGAAACCUUGCGUGGUUUGCCUCUUCCUGUCAGAGAUGUGUUUGGUGCUCGAAGCGAGGAGGUUGUCCCGGAAUGCACGCUCCCUCCCCAUGACGUACGUGAGAUGAUAUGGGAGGAGCUGAUGAUUCCGUUUGACUUUGGCGAUUGCUUCCUCGGCCCCUUUGAGAUUGCCAUUCCACCAUGGUUUGACUUUCAUGAUUUGGUUCUCGAUGGUCUCGACAAGAUCAGAGAGAAUCGGUUGAUUGAUCAAGACCUUGAAAUUGCCUGGGACACCAAGAAUGGACGUCCCGUGUCUCUAGUUGUCGGUCCGCAUCCCCGCCUCUUUUUCGAUGAGGAAACCCGGGACGAAGAGAUGCAGGACAAGUUACGCUGGGCACGUGUACGAACACUCUGGCACCAGGUCGCUGAGUGGCUUCUCGCUGGCUACGACGACAACCCAGUCUGCUUGGCUGACUUUCUACAAGCGAGGACUGAUGUCGUGUUGUGCCGUGGUUCCGCGUUUUUGGAGUUUCCUAGCAGUAUUCCCCAACUCCUGAACCGCUGGGACCAAAUCAAGGCCAACCCAGGAGAAGCCUCGGAUGGGGCAUGGUACACGAGAGAGAAUUGGGAUAUGUGGAUGCCAGAGAUCUACGCCUAUAUCUCUCGCCCCAACGGCCCGAAUCCUGCAAUGCUUGAGGAUUGGGUCUUGCGCGAAGAAGGGGCGUUCAAUGAACGACUCACAAUUGCCACAGCCAUCUGGUCUACCUUUGAGGCCAACAAGGCUCUUGGCUGGUACGACCAUGUCAUGAGUAUCAUUUCCAACUAG